CUUGCAUCGUCAUCAGACUGAUCAUCCCCCAGCCCGCCAUUUAUGCUCAUUCUCUGCUCUUUCUUUUCCAACCAUUUCUUUCUUUUUUUAAAAAAAGAACUGCAGCAAACCAACAGACAGACCUCCACCUCCCCUAAAACCCAAUUCAAUCAUUUCAUCCACAACCCAAGAAAAAGAAAAAAAAAAAAACCCUUUCCCCCUUUUCCUGGUACCAUUUAAAAAAACUUCCCAACAAGAUAAUAAAAAGGAAGCAGAGCAGAGGAGCAUAUCAUAUCUUUAAUAUUGAAGAAGAAUGGUUAGUGGUUCGUUAUUAGGAGAGAGGCUGAGCUCCUUGCUUAACAACCGAUGGCUAGUAUUCGUGGCUGCAAUGUGGAUUCAAUCCUGUGCUGGGAUUGGGUACCUUUUCGGCAGCAUAUCCCCAACUAUAAAGACCUCUCUCAAUUAUAAUCAGAAGCAGAUUGCCAGGCUUGGGGUGGCUAAGGACCUGGGUGACAGUGUUGGAUUCUUGGCUGGCAGUUUAUGUGAGAUUUUGCCUCUUUGGGCUGCCCUUCUCGUUGGUGCUUUCCAGAAUUUGGUUGGUUAUGGCUGGGUUUGGCUCAUCAUCACCGGUCAACUCCCUCCCCUCCCAUUGUGGGCGAUGUGUGUACUGAUAUUCAUUGGAACAAAUGGUGAGACAUACUUCAACACAGCAGCAUUAGUCUCAUGCGUGCAAAACUUCCCCAAGAGUCGUGGUCCGGUAGUUGGGAUACUAAAAGGGUUUGCCGGUUUAGGUGGUGCUAUAUUGACUCAAAUUUACGCUGUUAUCCAUAGCCCAGACCAUGCUUCGCUCAUAUUUAUGGUUGCAGUUGGACCAGCAAUGGUGAUUAUUGCUCUUAUGUUUAUUGUCAGGCCGGUUGGAGGUCACAAACAAAUUCGCUCCUCCGAUGGGUUUUGCUUCUCUGUCAUUUACAGCAUCUGUCUCAUCUUAGCUGCUUACUUGAUGGGCGUCAUGCUCGUUGAAGAUCUCAUCGAAGUUAGCCAUGAUGUUAUCAUAAUUUUCACCUUAGUUUUGUUCAUUCUCCUGAUCAUUCCCAUUGUUAUCCCAAUUGUAUUGUCUUUUGGUGAAGAUCCUCCUCGAGUGCAAGUCGAAGAACCACUUUUGCAAGCUGAGCCACAAAAACAAGAAGCAGGAAACUCUGAACAUGAUCAUCAGAAUGAGAUAAUAUUUAGUGAAGUGGAAGAUGAAAAACCAAGUGAAGUGGAUAUGCUUCCUGCUUUGGAAAGGAAAAAGAGGAUAGCCCAGCUGCAAGCUAAAUUAGCCCAAGCAGCUGCAGAAGGAGCCGUAAGGAUUAAGAGGAGGAGGGGGCCUCAUAGAGGGGAGGAUUUCACACUUGGUCAGGCUUUGAUAAAGGCUGAUUUUUGGCUCAUCUUUUUCUCUCUAUUACUAGGUUCUGGUUCUGGCUUAACUGUGAUUGAUAAUUUGGGUCAGAUGAGCCAGUCCUUAGGGUACGAUAAUACGCAUGUCUUUGUUUCCAUGAUUAGCAUCUGGAACUUCUUGGGUCGUAUUGGUGGUGGAUACUUUUCUGAAAUGAUAGUCAGGUAAAAAGACUAAUCCUUUUAAUCUCUUCCAUUUUGCCUUGUCUUUUCCCAGCCCGGCACUGUUUCUUACAAUGUUCACAUUGGUGUUAAAUGAAUCAGGGACUAUGCAUAUCCAAGACCGGUGGCAAUGGCUAUUGCGCAAAUCAUAAUGGCAAUUGGACAUUUUAUCUUUGCUAUGGGUUGGAGUGGCGAUAUGUACAUAGGGACCCUUUUGGUUGGACUUGGUUACGGAGCUCACUGGGCAAUAGUGCCAGCUGCGGCGUCAGAGCUUUUCGGCCUAAAAAAAUUUGGAGCCCUGUAUAAUUUUCUUACCCUAGCCAACCCGGCUGGGUCGUUGGUAUUCUCGGGCCUCAUUGCCAGCAGCAUAUACGACAGAGAGGCGGAGAAGCAAGCGCAAGAACGGCAUCCAGGACUACAGUUUGGACCGCGAUCCUUGUUAUCCAACAUGCUGUUGUUGGAUGAGCCUCUGAAGUGUGAAGGCUCGAUUUGCUUCUUCCUGACAUCAUUGAUAAUGUCAGGGCUAUGCAUAGUUGCUGUCAUAUUGAGCAUGAUUCUUGUAUAUCGGACUAAGGUUGUGUAUGCACAACUGUACGGGAAAUCGCGGGCAUGAGUUAGAGGUUUAUCCCAGCGAAUCAUUCAAAUAUUGUAAGAAACACAAGUGGUUGUACAUGAUUUUUGAUGGAGAAAGGAGAGGUUGGUUGGCUGCAUGUUGGAUAAUGGAGGUGCAGUCCUUUUUUUUUUUUUUUUUUUCCCUGGGGAAAUUGGAGGUGCAGUUUUGAGUGUGCAAAUUCUAAGUUGUAGUAUGAGAUAGUAUAUAUUGUAUGUAAACUGAAUCUAUUUAGUCAUUCGUUCCGCCCAUUUGUUUUCCACUGUGAUUUUUGGGGAAAAAAUGUACUCCUUAGCUCUUUUUCCCUCAAUCAUAGAAGGAGAAGGGGAAAAGAUAAGGAAAGAGAGAAAGAAAAGAAAAGAAAAAGUAGUAGGUGUGAAGUUUAUAAAUACAGUAAUUAUUUUUUU